AUAGUUUUUUUUACUGUCAGAUAGCUGUCAAUAUUAAUUGGUAUUUGCACAACAAACAAUAGAAAUAAUGCCAGGAGGACAAAAGGGCGAAGGACCAGAGGAUGUUGAUACUAUCGGGAUCUAUGUGGGUAAACGCAAUCCCGAUGGAGAGCGUCACGGAGAAGGCUGGGCAGUCCUCCCGAACGGGGACUACUACACUGGCUGCUACUGCCGCGGCAUGAGGAACGGGAAAGGCUUGUAUGUCUUCAAAAACGCGGCCCGCUAUGAAGGUGAAUGGCGCCGAGCUAUGAAAUACGGGGUGGGCCGUAUGGUGUACCCUGACGGAUCCCGAUACGAGGGAGACUGGAGACACGACCUCAAGCAAGGGUUCGGCGCCUACUACUACCCCAACGGCGAUAUAUACGAAGGAGCCUGGUUCAAAGGCAAACGACACGGACUAGGAACCUACUUCUUUGAGGAGUACCAAAUAAAGUUCAUGGGAACAUGGGUCGAUGGCGUCAUACAAGGCCCCGGACAAAUAAUAUAUCCACGCUAUAGAUACCACGGAUCUUGGCUAAAGGGAAAACCAAAAGGCACGGGAUGCUUCGUGUUUGAUACCAAUUGUAUGCAGCAUGGGUUCUACCUGCUUAUCAAAGAUCCAGCUACGGAAGAGUUCGGUGAAGGCGAGGAAGAAAAAGAAGAAAAGGAUGUCAAGUUGGCUGUUGAGGAAGAAGAGGAAGUUGAGUUUGAUGAGACCAAAGGCAAAAUAGCAACAUGGCGGGCCCGAAACGUCACCGCUUACAUGGCUGAGUUCCUACCACAGGAGCCGGUCCCGCUGCCCGUCCACGACUCCGUGCCUUCCUUGACUGACGAGAGCUGCGUGGAGACAGACGUUCUUCAGUUCGAUAUGCCAUCGGUCAUCCCUGAAGACGAAGGAGGCGACGACAACGACUCCUGGCUGUUGCAUAGGCAACAGUUUUUGGAAGAAUCUGAACAAAAAGAUGCAUGAAUUUAAAAACCUUUCUUUGUCUCACUGUUUCUUAUUUAAAGUUAGAGUCCACAAUGUUUGUAUUUUCUUUUUCACUGCUUUGUUUCAAACUCUUUAAAAAUGUACGAGCGUAAUACGUUUCAGUUCAAAAAUCGUAGGUAUGCUAGGUUUUUCUAUUAAAAUAAAGGCAUUUGUUGAAUGCUA